GUGCGCAGCAAAACCUUGACCCAGAUCAUGCAGGCCAUGGUAGACGACAGUGCACAGAAGCCGGAUGAGGAGACGGGGCACAGGUGGACUCUUCGCUCUAGCACCUUUAGUUGCCUUCGGUGUUGGGCCAAAGGAGAUGUGGCAAGUCAGCUUUGAUGACCUUGAAAGGUCAAGCAUGCCGCUAUGAACGUGCCACUGCCGACACUAUGCAGCUCAGAUGUCGAGUGCAUUCGGCCCAUGAUCUGUGGCACAGGGGGGAAUGGAUUGCCUGCAGUCGUUGUGGUCGCAGCACUAAGACCCACCAAGGAAGAGGUCAAGGAUGGCUGUCCCAGAAGUGUGGUGACGAGGAUGGGCAGAUGAAACUCAGGCUCCUGGCAAGCUCUGACAGCUAGUUGUUUGCUUGGAGCAGUGGUGGACGAUCGAGGAGCCCAACCUAGCAUUCCCCUGUCCAAGGCGAAUGAUCCUUGCAGGGGCCCGCUUUUGCCUUGUUGGCGCGGGAGUCGAAUGAGCUGAGCUUGAAAAGAACCGAGAAAAGAAAGAUGGAGAGAUAGAUAGAUAGCUAGCUAGGUAGGUAGGUAGGCAGGUAGGUAUAUAGAUAGAUAGACAGAUAGAGAUGCAUUUUGUAUUCAGUUUUAGACUGCACGUCGAUAACCUUGGAUUUGAACUUAAUGUAUACAUCAGGAUGGCUCUUGUGUUUUUGCAAUGAUUUGGCUUCACAGCUCGUUGAGCCAACUUGAGACCGAACGCACUAUCAGUUGCAAUCCUUAUACUUGCUGCAGUUUGCUGACAGUAUCCUUGAUUCGGUGAGCCACAGGCUGAAAGAUGCUACGGUUUCUCGGGCUGUUGGGGUGCUGCCAGGCGGGCGCGUCAUCACUGGUGGCACUUCAGACAUCUUUCGCAAUGAAUGCAGACGUUGCCAAGCAAGAAGAGACUUGUGAACCAACAAGUCAGCAGAAGUUUCGAGACGCCAUAGGACUACGGACCAAGCAUUUAAACAGCGAGUCUGUGACCUUUGAAGAGAAACUGGGCGCUGUGCACUUGGAGCUGACUGGCGAGGAGCGUGCGAGCACUUUUGGUAGCCUCAGCGCGGCUCUUGACAACAUCGAGGCUGCUAUGAAGAGAAGGCAAUCAGACAUGGAACAUUUGUUGAAGGCCACUGAGGCAGCCAUUGCGCGUGCCUGGGCUGGCUUUGUUUCACGUUGGGCCUCAACAAUGUCGUAUGUUGUAUCAACCAAGAGUGGAGAUGUUCUACGCUGACUCAACUGUAGCAACCCUACCGCUUUGGGUUGCCCCUCACGCCUCACGCAUUGCCAUGUCCCGAGGUAAGAGGGCAGCAGUGACUUGCAUCAACUGUAGACUUCACAAAUGAGUCGCUUUGGACACUGUUUGGCAGAGAGGUGAAGAGGAAGCUGAGGUGCACUAGGCACAAAAGAGAGGAGAGAUGCCUUGGAUGUGAGCCUGAGCCCUUCGUUUUUCUAGCAGGUCCACAAGUGACUCGAAUUUAUGCAGCUGCCGACGGCACGUGAUGCGGAUUUUCACCGCUUGAACUGGAAUCAAGUGCUCGUGUUGCUUCAAUGUUUAUGGACAA